CCCCUGCUCCGCGCCGGCCCACCCCGCCGCCCCUCCGCGCGCGCAGAAAAAUCACCAUGGCUUCUUCCAGACUCGGGUUCCGUUUGGCUGCUUGUUUACUAAGAAUUUCAGAAGCCAGAAGAAAAUACAUUGUUGAGAACAUAGCAACAGCAGCUCUUCUUGAAAGAAAUGGGCAGAAAUAUCCUGAAGUAUCAACGUUCAGUAUAUUUUUUUCUGAUCAAGACUACAUCAGAUCAGUCAUUACAGUAACAGCUUCUAUUAAUGAGUUAGAUUGCUGGAGUGUAUCCUUAAUGUUUACAGGAAGUGACCAUGAGCGGAGAUAUGUCCCUGGGGGCCCAAGCUGCCAUGUGAGAUGUUCAGAUACCCUAAAGCUGCCAUGAUACAGAAAACAAGUAAAGAGAAAUCCUCGAGGAGCCCACUUGUUUGAGCCAUUGGCUUUGGAACCUUCCUAGCUGGGGCAGCAGGCUUGUGUGUGAAAAAGCCUUCAAAAUGACCCCAGGCCCAGACACCAUUCGCUGGUAACCUCAUGAGACCCCAAACCACCCAGCUGAGCCACUCCCAAGUCCUUGAAUCACAGAAGCACGAGAGCAAAAGCCAAGACUCUUGUGCCAGCUUGAGAGGUAUGAAUAUGAAAAUUCACAACUCCCUGAAGCCUUCCCUGAGCUACCGAGAAUGUCACUUCAUCCACUGCCUGGCUGAGGAGGAAGGGAGUUGGAGAGGGACAGGGGCUACCAAGGGACUGUGGAAGUCAUUAGCAGAUGCCUUCCUGAAGCAAAAAGCCAAAGAGGCAAAUCCUAUUAGUUUACCUGAACACGUUUCCUGCAACUUCCUUGUUAUUUUGAUUGAGUACUCCCUUGACUUCUGC